AUGGCAUUUUUAAGCCCAACAAAAAAAAACAUCAAUCUCCACACCCAUGUAACUAAAUCUCCUCUCCCUCGUAACCCUGUGUUAGCACUAAAAGAUCCUAAUUGGAAAAUGGCUAUGGAUGAUGAAUACAAUGCUCUCAUUCAAAAUAAGAAGUGGGAUUUAGUACCCCGUCCACCUGACACAAAUGCUAUUCGUUCUAUAUGGAUUUUUAGACAUAAAGAAAAAUCUGACGGUUCUUUUGAGAGGCAUAAAGCCCGACUUGUAGGUAAUGGUGCAGGUCAACAGGUUGACAUCGAUUGUGGCGAAACUUUCAGUCCGGUUGUUAAACCAGCCACUAUCCGAACAAUAUUGAGUCUUUCCUUAUCAAAAGCAUGA